AUGGCUGAGGGCAAGGCUGGCGGUGAUGCUGGCCUCUUUGCCAAGCAGGUGGAGAAGAAGUUCAGCAGGGCCCAGGAGAAGGUACUGCAGAAGUUGGGGAAAACUGUGGAAACCAAAGAUGAACGGUUUGAACAAAGUGCCAACAACUUUUACCAUCAACAGGCAGAGGGCCUCAAGCUAUACAAGGAGCUGAAGAACUUCCUUAGUGCAGUCAAAGUAAUGCAUGAAAGCUCAAAGAGAGUGUCAGAAACCCUGCAGGAGAUCUACAGCAAUGCGUGGGACGGUCAUGAGGAGCUGAAGGCCAUUGUAGGGAAUAAUGGUCUCCUUUGGGAAGACUAUGAAGAGAAACUAGCUGACCAGGCUUUGAGGACCAUGGAAAACUAUGUAGCCCAAUUUGGUGAAAUUAAGGAAAGAAUUGCCAAGCAGGGUUGGAAACUCGUGGACUAUGACAGUGCCCGACACCACCUGGAGGCGGUGCAGAAUGCCAAGAAGAAAGAUGAGGCCAAGAUUGCCAAGGCAGAUGAAGAGUUCAGCAAAGCCCAGCUUGUGUUUGAAGAUCUGAACCAAGAACUACUAGAGGAGCUACCUGUUCUUUAUAAUAGUCGUAUUGGCUGUUAUGUGACCAUCUUUCAAAACAUUUCCAACUUGAAGGACGUCUUCUACAGGGAAAUGAGCAAGCUGAGCCACAAUCUCUAUGAAGUGAUGAGCAAACUGGAGAAGCAACAUCCCAACAAAGUCUUUGUGGUGAAGGGACUACCAAGCAGCAGCAGAUCUUUAGUCAUCUCUUCCCCAGUUCGAACAUCUACAGUCUCCAGUCCUCCUACCUCACCUACCAGUCCCUCUACACUUACCUUGACAAGUGAGAGGGACUCCAUCUCAGCAAGUGAAGAAGAGGUAACAUCGGAUCCAGCUCAGGGAGAAGACAACUCUGAGAUGAAAGAAGAGCCCUUAAAAGAAAAGGAAAUAGAGAAAGAGGAGACUGAAACCAACUCCUCUGAGGAGGAAGAGCCUCUGCCAGCCUGCAAUGGCCCUACCCAAGCCCAGCCUUCUUCUACCCAGCCCACUGAGGCUGGCGAGUCCCAGGAAGAAGUUUUCCCUGGCUCCCCAGAUCCAUCCCCAGGCAGAGCCCUAAUCCCUUCAGAACAGCCUGCAUCUCUCCCAGAAGUUGUCCUCCGAACCCAAACCUUGAGUGAAGGAUCUGAACAACCAAAGAAGAGAGCCCCUGCCCAAAGGACCUCAGCCCCUAGUAGGCCUCCUCCACCCAGAGGCACUCCCAGCUCUAGAACCUCCUCAGGGAACAUACCCUCCUGUCCUGCAGCCUCUAAACAGGGUUCACCCUCCAGCCCUAGGACUCCAAGUCCUAGUUCCAGGGCCACUUUGGAGGUUUCUCUUGAUUCACAGCCACCACAGAAGCCAGUAAGAACUCCUGAGGACAGAGAGGAAAACACCGACAAUCUGAACCCAGAUCUUUGUACUUCCCCAACCUCGGUGAUCCCUCAGGUUUUUUCAGAAUCUGACAAGGCAAGUAAGAUGGAAGACAAAGAAGAGAACAAUAAGCUUAUCUUGUCUGACUCCCCUGAGAACCAAGGUCUCCAGCUUCAUGCCUCUGUGGUUCCAGAAGACAGCAACAUCACAGCACCUGAGCUUCAAGAAGAGGUACCUACAGUUCAAAGUGCACAGCUCUGA